AUGGGAAAACACCAUAUGAAGCCAUUGAUAACGACUAGGAUGAAGGAGAGGCCGUCUAUAAUCAAGGACACACUGUCUAGAAACAAGGAGACACGGUCUGUAAUCAAGGACACACUGUCUAGAACCAAUGAGACACCGUCUGUAAUCAAGGACACACUGUCUAGAACCAAGGAUACACCGUCUGUAAUCAAGGACACACUGUCUAGAACCAAGGAGACACCGUCUGUAAUCAAGGACACACUGUCUAGAACCAAGGAGACACCGUCUGUAAUCAAGGACACACUGUCUAGGACCAAGGAGACACCGUCUGUAAUCAAAGACACGCUGUCUAGGACCAAGGAGACACCGUCUGUAAUCAAGGACACACUGUCUAGAACCAAGGAGACACCGUCUAGAACCAAGGAGACACCGUCUGUAAUCAAGGACACACUGUCUAGAACCAAGAAGAGGCCGACUUUAAUCAAGGACACAAUGUCUAGAACCACGGAGACACGGUCUGUAAUCAAGGACACACUGUCUAGAACCAAUGAUACACCGUCUGUAAUCAAGGACACACUGUCUAGAAACAAGGAGACACUGUCUGUAAUCAAGGACACACUGUCUAGAAACAAGGAGUGGCCGUCUGUAAUCAAGGACACACUGUCUAGAACCAAGAAGAAGCCGACUUUAAUCAAGGACACACUGUCUAGAACCACGGAGACACCGUCUGUAAUCAAGGACACACUGUCUAGAACCACGGAGACACCGUCUGUAAACAAGGACAUACUGUCUAGAAACAAGGAGAGGCCGUCUGUAAUCAAGGAUACUCUGUCUAGAACCAAGGAUACACCGUCUGUAAUCAAGGACACACUGUCUAGGUCCAAGGAUACACCGUCUGUAAUCAAGGACACACUGUCUAGAACCAAGGAUACACCGUCUGUAAUCAAGGACACACUGUCUAGAACCAAGAAUACACCGUCUGUAAUCAAAGACACACUGUCUAGAACCAAGGAGACACCGUCUGUAAUCAAGGACACACUGUCUAGAACCAAGGAGACACCGUCUGUAAUCAAGGACACACUGUCUAGAACCACGGAGACACGGUCUGUAAUCAAAGACACACUGUCUAGAACCAAGGUUACACCGUCUGUAAUCAAAGACACACUGUCAAGAUUCGAAAAGACGCAGCCUUAA